UGGAUACAACAAAGAAAAAGUGAUGGAGAUUGUUUCUGAUUUUAGCACAACUACUCAUGACGCUGAUUAUAAUCUAAUUCUUCAAUCUACUCGGGUUUCCAGGAUUGGCACUUCUUCUACAAGUAUUCCAGUGCUGCCAAAUUUGGAAAGUGAUAUCGUGCAUGGACUUGAUGAUGACUUGAAGAUCAUAGUUAAAAGAUUGACUGGACAACCGUCCGAUCUUGCUAUUGUCACCAUAUCAGGUAUGGGUGGCAUUGGCAAAACAACGCUCGCUAGAAAAGCUCAUGAUCAUCUCCCAAUCAGGUAUCAUUUUGACAUUCGUGUUUGGGUUACAAUAUCUCAAGAAUAUCGAAGUAGAAAUGUGUUGUUAGAUCUUUUACAUUGCAUUUCAAAGCAAACAAAUAUUGUUAACGAAAAUGAUUAUGAUAAGGAUGACAGUAAGUUAGCUGACCUAGUGCAGAAAAGCCUAAAGGGUCGAAGAUACCUUGUUGUUGUUGAUGAUAUUUGGAGUACAGAUGUUUGGGAAAGUAUAAGAGGAAUAUUUCCUAAUUACAACAAUGGGAGUCGAAUCUUAUUGACUACCAGGGAAACAGAGGUAGCGAUGUAUGCAAAUACUAGUAUCCCUCAUGAGAUGAACCUCUUGCAUUUAGAAAACAGUUGGAAGUUACUUCGUGAUAAGGUGUUUGGACCAAAAAAUGAUCAUCCACCUGAGUUGGAAAAAAUUGGAAAGCAAAUAGUAGAAAAAUGCCAAGGACUACCCUUGACAAUUUCAGUUGUUGCAGGGCAUCUCUCUAAAAUGGACAGGACAUUAAAAAGUUGGAAGGAUGUUGCGCGAACCUUAGGUGAAGUCGUUGCUAGUCAUCCAGAUAAAUGUUUAGGAGUGCUCGGUUUGAGUUACCACCACUUGCCUAAUCACCUCAAACCUUGUUUUCUUUCUAUGGGUGAUUUCCCAGAGGAUUUUCAGGUUGAGACUUGGAGAUUGAUCCAAUUAUGGAUCGCCGAAGGUUUAAUUAUAACGACGUCUGAAAGUCAUAAAAGCUUGGAGGAAGUGGCAGAAAAUUAUCUGGAUGAUCUUAUCAACAGGAACUUGAUAAUGGCUAUAAAAAGGAGAUUCAAUGGUGAAAUAAGAACAUGUGCAAUGCAUGAUCUACUGCGUGAAUUCUGUUUGAUAGAAGCUAAAAUGACGAAGUUUGUCCAUGUAGAGAGAAAAAGAACUUACCCUCCUCUUCCACCAGAAAAGCACAUUGUCCGUCGCUUCAGUUUUCAAACCAGAGAGCAUUCAGCUGAUGAUUGUCGUAAGCUAUUACCCCCUGUUGCUAGAUCUAUCUAUGUAUUUUCUAGAUUAUUGGAAACUUAUUUACCCUGUUACGAGCUUCUUGACGACCUUCUGGGCAUGGCGCCCAUAACUCGUCGUCAUUAUAUAUUACGGGAUUUUUUCUCCCAUUUCAAGCUUCUCAGGGUGUUGGCAAUCUUCAAUAAAGAUGAAAUGUAUUUGUUUCGUACAUUUCCGCUCGAGAUUACAAAGUUAUUUCAUUUGAGAUACCUCCAAGUUCGUUUUUCAGGCGAUAUUCCUGAAUCAAUCACAGAGCUUCAGAAUUUGCAAACUCUAAUUAAUCAUGGGGAAAGAGAUAAACUUGUUAUAACUUCACCAGGGAAUAUAUGGGUGAUGAAUAACUUGAGGCAUAUACAUAUGGGGGGACCCAUUGAUUUAGUAAGAGAGAGUAUUCUAGAUCAGCAUCUUGCGAUAGGGAUGCCAAAUCUAGAGGAACUUUCGGGUCUCUGUUCUUUAAGUUGUACAUCUGAAGUCUUUUCUCGCAUUCCCAAUCUAAAGAGAUUGGUCAUCUAUGAAAUUUCAUCCAGGAGAGAAGGUAUGGCCAAUCGCCUCAUUGAUAUGUCGAACUUGACAAAACUCGUAGCACUGAAGUGUUGGGAGUAUGAUGUUCCUAAACCUAUCUCCAUCCAGGAGAGAAGGUAUGAUAUUCCGAAACCUAUUUCCAUCAAGAUGUUUGUUUUCCCAACAUCACUUAAGAGGUUAACUUUAUAUGAGUUCCGUUUUCCUUGGGAAGACAUAUCAACUCUUGCCAUGUUGCCAAAUCUUGAAGAGCUCAAACUUAAAGAGGAUGCAUUCAAGGGUGGCGUAUGGAGAUUAAGUAAUGAAGACAAGUUCGAAAGCCUAAAGCUGUUGUUAAUUGCAAGUACAACUUUUUUUUAUCGUUGGGAAGCUAGCAGUGAUAAUUUCCCAAAUCUAAAACGUCUUGUUCUCAAGUAUUGCCACUACCUGGAAGAAAUUCCGACAGAUUUUGGGGAAAUUUGUACUUUGGAGUCAAUUGAGUUACAUUAUUGCAGCACCACCGCUGAUAAUUCUGCAAGAGAGAUUAAACAAGAACAAGAAGACAUGGGAAACACUUCCCUUAAUGUCGAAAUCCAUGAACUUCGCUAGCGUUGAAGCUUAUUUCGAGGGACCAUUCCAAAUGAGUUGCCUUUUAGUUUUAUAUUUUCAAACAUCGAUGUCCUUAUCGGUUGUUGAUUUUAUGUUUAAAGGAAUAAGCCAUGUUUAAUGCAAGUCUCACCCAUUUGUGAUUUUGUAUUUUGUGAACCACAACUAUUGAUGUAUCUACUAUAAUAUUUAUUUUGUUUUAUUUGAUAGCUCGAAAUGAACAAGGUUUCUAAUAUGUUUUGUAGGUUUCACGCUUUUU